AUGGAGCGAAUGUGUCAUGUCCUUCACUGUGUCAGAUACCAGAGUCAGCCGGUGCAAUGGGUUUACCGCUGGUUGCACUUCAACCAACUGAUGUGCUUUAAAACAAAUCUCAUCCCGCAUUUCGCUACCGCCGAGCACCGCGAAAUUAGCGAUAUGAUCGAUCGUGUUGCCGAAGAGCUCGACCAAUUCUUUUUUGAUCUCAGAGAUAUGUUCCAUUUUGCCCAAGAUGCUACUGAAGAGCACAUGAACCAACUAGAUGAUAGAACUAUAAUGAUGGCUCACGCUAUUGAUCGCUUGGCAUUUCUGGUCACCGGACAACAUCCGAUUGUUCACAAUUGCGCUGACCAUGAUGCAAUUCUUCAUAAUUAA